AUGGAUAAACCAGUAUUUUUUAUUGGGACAGAAAAUGGAAAGCUUGAAGUCGGCAAAGAUGCAAUAGCAGUCCUGCAAAACAUCAAUGUCCCUGUAAGCGUGAUUGGUAUUACAGGCAAGUAUCGUACGGGGAAGUCCUAUUUGAUGAACUUACUGUUCGGCGAGAGCAAUGGCUUUGCAUUAGGGUCCACGAUCCAGUCCAAAACCAAGGGAAUCUGGUUAUGGUACCGCCCUCACCCACUAGAUGCAAAUCAAGGCUUGGUGCUUUUGGACACGGAAGGAUUGUCUGACCCUAAAAAGGGUGAUGAAAAACACGAUAACCAGAUAUUUGCGUUAGCCGUGCUAUUGUCAAGUUGCUUGGUGUAUAACAGUAUGGGAACAAUAAGUGAUGACGCCAUAAGAAGUCUUCAGUAUCUUUUACAUAAUUGUCUUCGUUCCCAUUUUCCUCAACUUUAUGGUUUCAUUACAUCACUGACGGAGCACAUCAAGCUUCAGGACACAGCCAACGAAGAAACCGGUGAAAACUUCGACGGUUCUUUCCCCGUCUUUGUUUGGGUUGUACGAGACUUCGGACUAGAUCUUGAGAUUGACGAUAAACCUUGUACGGAAGAUGAAUACCUCAAGUGGGCUCUGCAGCUCAAAGCAGGACGCAGUCAAGCCAUUCGUGACUAUAAUUAUCCGAGAGAAUGCAUCACAUCGUCUUUCAAAGACACGAAGUGCUUUACGCUAUGCAGACCUGUUGAAGAAGAUUCCAAGUUACACACCUUGGACACGCUGAAUACUGAAGACCUAAAGCCCGAGUUUGUCCAGCAGUCAAAGCACUUCAAAGAGUGGAUUUUAAAGCAAAAGAUGCAGAUGAAUGUGGGUGGUUGCAUAAUAAGCGGCAGAAGAUUACUUCAGUUAGCCCAGUCCUAUGUAGGCGCCAUCAAUGACGGGGCAGUGCCAUGUGUCCAGAGCGCAGUGACAGUGAUGGGAAGGAACGAAUGUAAACAGGCGAUUAAACUGGCCUCGGCUGCAUAUGAAAGAGAGAUGGACGACGCCUUGGGAGAGGCUCUGCCGGUUGACAUUGAGGGUCUCUCUGAGAAACAUCAAUCAGCCUUUGACUCCGCUGUGAAGCUGUACCACGCAAAUGCCAUGCUCGACUCUGACGGCGAGUAUUCAGAGAAACUGCAGGCUACACUGAUCAACCGCUUCCGGGGCUACACAGAAAAAAAUUGGCUGGCAUCUGUCCAAAAGUGCGACCUCCUUUUGAAAGGCUUUGAACAGGAGUCACUGAAGCCAAAGCUAGAUGAGGCAGCCUUCAGCGUCCAUGGCGGGUAUGAGAAAUAUAAAGGAGAGAUAGAUACAAUAGUAAUGAAGUUCAAAACAUCUAAGGGAAAGGGUCCAGCAGCGGAGGAGGUGUUGGCUAAAUUUCUUGCCGAUAAACAAGAACAAAGAAAGGUCAUUUUAGAUGGAGAUAAGGCAAUGACUGAAAUGAACAUGGAAAAGGCUACACUAGAAGAAGAAGCCAAAAGACAAGCUGCUGAUGCCGCCGCAAAGAGCCGCGAAACAGAGAUGUUGAAACAACAACUAGUCGAUGUUGAAAGCAGCAUGCAGACCAAUAUGGAUAUGCUGAAAGGCGAGUUUGAGAAGAAGCUGCAAGAAACCGAGGCCGGUUACAAAGCUUUACUUGCAAAGAGGCAAGCAGAGCACGAGGAGCUUCUGAAGUCUGAACUGAAGACCCAAGCCCAGAUUUUAGAAAAGUCCAUAAAGGAUGUGAAGGAAGAGCACAACAGGACCAAAGAGAACAUGGAGGAAACGAUCUCCACCUUAAAGACCACUUUGGAAAAGAGACAGUCUCAGUUGUCUGAGAUUUCCAAACAACCUAACGAAGCCGAAGGGACCGGAUCUCGCAUCUUGACUUGGAUGAAGGAUAACCCGGAAACCCUUUUUAAAAUGUGGGAUACAAUAACCUCGCUCGCAAGAAACGAGAGUUCCGCAAGUGGAACUGUGCCAGGUAGUGAAGCAACUAACCAACAAGUCACCAAGGCAUCUGAGCAUUCAGUGGGUGGACAGUUUGAAAAUUUGCUAAAAAGGAUGAGGACCACCGGUAAUUCUAAAGACCAAUCGCCACCGGAUGCCCACCCUCCAUUUGGGUCGUUGACGGCCUCCAAAAAUGCGCGCGACGAUGAGAACAAAAAAGGCACUUCCGUUGGUUCUAGGAGCGGUCAACCCCAAAGGGCUGUUGGUAAAGACGGACAACCUCCUAACGCCAAUUUUCUAUUUGGUCGUGCUGGAUUUCCCCAAACCAUGCCUAAUCUACGACCCCAUGUCUCUCCAUUUGACCAGAUGCGUUUGAAAGCGACAUCUGAGGGAUUCAGAAGAAGCAACUCCGGACAAGGGAACAAACAAAAAAUGGAAGAGAGCCACAAUGCAGCCAAAUUUGAGGAGACAGGGAAAGAGACAAAUUUAAAGUCCUCUGGAACACCAAGGAAAAACAUCCAAGAAGAGUUGGAUUGA